UUAUAAAUAUAUACAUUCUCCGAUAUGGAGAUAGGUAGAUUUUUCUAUCAUCUGCCUUUCGCAUUGUUCAUUGUACGUGUGUUGUUUCACGUAUGAUUUAAUACUGUGUUUAUUAACAUUAAUUACAUUGUAGACAUAUAAUUUGUUGGCAAUGAGAUGUACGAAGCUUUCAUUAGCGGUUACCGUUUGGCCGAUGUGUCACACGGCAAACCCUAUUAUGUUUACUGUAUCGAGAUUUUGGAAUCGCAAACUGGCACUCGAUAUUCCAUCGAGAGAAGAUAUAGCGAAUUUAGUGCGUUACAUCGUACGUUGAAAAAGGACAAUUCAGAUAUCGCGCCAUUUCCACCAAAGAGAGUAAGAAACUCGCAACCAAAAGUAUUGGAACAACGACGAGCUGCAUUAGAAUUAUAUAUACAGAAGAUGCUACAUUUAUUGGCAACGAAGCAGCAAGUUCUCAAUUUUUUGGGCAUAGAAGACCAGGGAUUUACAUCUCACAAGAGAAUAUACAAAGCUACAAACAGCACAAUGCAUAAUCCAAAUACUCUGGGACAUCAUCCAGUCUUAACUUUCCACUGUGAUCCAUAUGUCCAAGCUGAUUCGACUAGCAGUCUUCCAGAUGUUGUAACUAAUGGUGUAUUACUAGGUAUAUACAAAUCUUGAUAUUUUCAAUGUAUUAAGAAUAAACUUGCAAGAAUCUUGAAAGCAUAAUUAUAAAUUAAUUUUUGAUAGCGAUAACAUCUAAUGAAUGCGAAUGAUAUACGAAUAAAAUCUUUGUUGACAGAA